GGACGGGUCCUCCUGGGCACUGGUCCCGUGUGUGGUGAAUUGCGAAAAUCCGCUGGAAAACGGGAAAACACUCUUUUCCAACCAUCUUCCACUGGUGACGAGUGAAAUCGAGACGGAUACGGUGCGACAGAUCCGUGUGCGUACCGGUGAACUGCGGGAAUAAUUCCCGUUCCAGGUGUUUUGCAGAGUUGGAACGUCUGGAACGGGUUUUUGCGUUGCGUGCCGUGGUUUUGCGGGUGAAAAGCUGCUGCUAGAAAAGCAUGUGCGCGUGUGUGCGGUUGGUGUAUGUGUGCUUGUGUGGCUGAAAAGUGUGCAGCAGCAGCAGCAGCAGUAGUAGUGGGCCGUUAAAGCGGACACCUCUAAUCGUUCCAUAUCACAAGGUGGCAACCCCAAUCCAAGGGCCCAUUUCAUCGCCUACGGAAGAAAGAAAGGUUUUUCGUGAAAAAUCGGCCUCCUUCGAUCCUCCGCGGAAAUCGUCUCUUUCGCUUCGCCGCUCGUGAGUCACCAAGCCACAACAAUGGCCGACACGGAGUUCGAGGAGCUCCGCCAGAAUCUGGAUGCGUUGCCAACGUUCCGUAGGGCUCCGGCGCCGUUCUACUCGUUGGUGGGCGAUGUCGAGCUGGAUCUGGAGGAUAGUCCAUCGUCCAAGAGUGACGCUUCCGACCACGAUGAGGAGGAGGAGGAGGACGACGAUUGUCGAAUGUCGACCGUCGGUGUCGUGGAUGGCAUCACAUCGGUCGAUCCAGUGCCGAAGGGAACGCCGAGCAAAACGCAGCAGAUCAUACAGACGAUCAGUGCGAUCAGCACGAGCAGCAGUAGCAGUACCGGCGAGGAAGACGACGAAAUCGGCGAUGGACUGCGUACCGUAACGGCGUGUAGUCAGCGGGACACCGACCAGCGUAAAUCAUCGGCAACAGGUCAUAACCUUCACCACCAUCACCAUCAUCAUCACAUCGAGGACUAUCAGGAGCAGUCGCUCGGUUGUGGUAGCUCCGGACCGGACAGUUUGCUUUCCGUGACUCACACCCUGUCGGAGCUGGAUGUAGACGAAGCGACCACGAAAGUUCCACCGCUCACCGUCGGUACCGCUGGGCAAUCGCUGGUCCAAGCAACCGUCGCUGCCGCCGCCGCUGCUACGGCUACAGCCGGACACGGUGCGACCAGUGCACAGCUUGCUCGGACCAGUUCGCUUCCUUGGAUACCGGGUCAGGUUGAGCGAAGAAGGCGCAAGCUACCGGAGAUUCCGAAAAAUCGAAAAUCUUCCGUAUUGCAGCUGCUCACCGGACAGGCCUCACUGGCGGACGAAUUGAGUGCUAGCAGCAGCAGCAACAGCAACAGCCGCAACAAGCUGAACAGCAAUCCCUACACCUCGUCGACGACUUCACAUCACGGGGCGCCGGGCGGUUUCUUCAAGCAGAGCUCGCUCCUUGCCCUCAAGUGUAGCUACCUGCUGGACGAGGACUCGAGCCCGGACUCGGAGCGGUUGCAGAGCCUGGGUGAUGUGGAUAGUGGCCACAGUACGGCACACUCACCGAACGAUUACAAGAGCAUGUCGCCACCGGUACCGCAGGCCGCUUCACCGGUCACUUCGCCCUUCCCGCCACCGUACGGUGGUGUGCCGUUCAGCCAGCUGGAGAUGCUGGAAGCGACACACCGGGCCCUGCACAAGUUCAUCCCACGGCAUCACGACGAGAUCGAGAUCGAGAUCGGUGAUCCGGUGUACGUGCAGAAGGAGGCGGAAGAUCUGUGGUGCGAGGGGGUAAAUCUGCGGACCGGCCGUCAGGGUAUCUUCCCUUCGGCGUACGCCGUCGAUCUCGAUUACAACGAUUUCGAUCCGACUUCGAUCGAGAUGAAGCGCGAGCGGUACCUGCUCGGUUAUCUUGGUUCGGUGGAAACGAUGGCCCACAAGGGUACGGGUGUGGUGUGCCAGGCGGUCCGGAAGAUCGUCGGUAACACGGCCGGUACCAGCGAGUCACCGAAAGCACAACCCUGCAUACUGGAGAUCUCCGAUCAAGGCUUGCGCAUGGUCGACCGGUCGAGGAACAAGAAAACCAAGGGCCCCUGUAUAGACUACUUCUACUCGCUGAAGAACGUGUCGUUCUGCGCGUUCCAUCCACGUGAUCACCGCUACAUCGGCUUCAUCACUAAACACCCGACGGUGCAGCGAUUCGCGUGUCACGUUUUCCAGGGAACGGAAUCGACACGGCCGGUUGCAGAGGCUGUCGGACGAGCAUUCCAGAGAUUCUACCAGAAGUUUAUAGAAACGGCAUAUCCGAUCGAAGACAUUUACAUAGAUUAAGAGAACGGUCUGGCAAACGGUCCCACCACGAGGACGAACAGAGCAGCAUUAUCCAAAAGAGGACAUCCCCAGCACGAGCUCACUCAACAUCUGCACUCACCAACAGCUAAACCCCAACACACAUACACACACACACACCGUUGCCUCCCACAAUGGAGCCAGCUUAAAUCGUAUAGUUGUGUUCAGUUAUCGCUUAUUGCCCCUAUGUUCCUUAAGGGAGGUUUGCCAGGAUCCGGUCGGCACCUGGAUUGUUAAAUUAUGAGGUUAAGGCAUGCUUGUGGCCUGUGAAGGAGAGAGAAUGUUUCGGGACGUAUUGCUGGCGGCAACAAGUGCUCCUAUUUGCUAGGUUAAGCAACAUGAAACCAAAGAAAAUCAAUGUUAGAAUUAGCUGUUUUCAUGUUUCCUUCAUAGGUUUCUGCAGUGGCUGCUAUUUUUGUUUAUCGGUUUUAGAAGUAGCUUAAUAGUGCAAUUUCGUUCGGUUUCGGUUAGAUUAGGUAACCAUCCAUCGCCAUCGACGACCGUAGUCAUAGCAUUCUUUGAUAGGGACAGCAACAAGAUCGACUUUGGUACACUUCGGAACAGCUUUGUAGGGUGGCUUUUUGUACAAUCUGAUUCUACUUAAUCCUUUAUCCAUCUUUGGGACAACGUUUGUGUCUUUUGCAAACGCUUCAUACUAAACAGAGGGAAAACGAACCCGGGAUCAUCACAGAACACAUCUAUAGACAGAAGCAUAUAUGAAAGGCAUUCGAUGGAUGGCGUAGCGUGGCUUCUUUUGAAUCGAUCACUUUAGCAGAUUUCGAAUUCGUUUCGUUGCGCUCAAAGGCAAGCAAUAGAGAGAGAGAGAGAGAGAGGAGAGUACACGUGCUCAAGCACACAUAUGGUUUAGCUGUGAGCGAUUGGACCGGAGGUAAGCUGUGGUACCGCGAAGAGUGAUUAACCCAGGUGAGGAUUUGUGGGUGUUACAAAGAUACACAGCAAUGAGUUCCAAUUUCUUGCUCUUUCCGCAACUCAUGUAUCCGAGCGCACCUUCAAAUUUCUAUGUAAAUAUGUUACGAUGAAUGUUGAAAUAAAGAAAACAUCAGGAAUGUGGCCUAUUCAAGAACGAUGGUAAGAUGUGGGUUCGAAGUUAAUGCAAAGUCACUGGAUAAAAAUUGGCCAACAUCAGAGAGAAACAGAGAGAUAGAAAGAGAGAGAUAGAACGCGCGUUGGCACGUUAUGCAGGAAAGGAAACUAUAUUUGUAGUACAGAAAUAGGAACGCAAGCUUGGAAGAGCAUAGAGGUACAGGCAAGGAGGAUCCUGCAGAUAGCGUUUGCAUUUUGCUUUUCCAAGAAAAAAUCGAAUGACAAAAAGAAAACGGUUACUAAAUCGCUUCACCCAACCUCUGCUAUGGGUCUGCGCAAAAACGUUUGAAAUUUGCUACUUGCUACGAAUGAAUAAAUUGUGGAUCAAAGUGUACAACGGCCAUGUUAACUCUAGCUCCCUGACAACAACCCACACUUUGCACCAUUUUCGUGUUUCUGUUUUCUUGGCUUCUCAUUUCCAAACCAAUAUGUCGUGGUAGCAGGAUCGCAUGCAGAAUGCAGCAUUUGUUCUGCGACAGUACAACAGAAAGCGGCGACGACAAGCGCCUAAAUUACUAGUAAAAUUGACCAUAAAGCAUCAUCCACGGUACCGUACUACGCGGCAAGAAGUAUUAUGGGUAAAAAUGAAUAAUAAAAAACCAACACUUUAACGCAAGGACACACAAACAUACAAUACUAACAUUCGUUGUCAUUCUACUAUAAUCACAAUCUUCAGAGAGGCUAGAGUGAAAACGAGCUAUAAACAUAGAGGUGGUUAAUGAAGGAUAAUGAUACAAGAGGAAGUAGAAGAGAAACUCAACAAAACCAACCAAGCAUAUACCCUUCUUUCAUACAAUAAUGCAUUUAUUCGAGCAACACAAAAGAAACAUAAAAAAAGGAUUGCAAAAUGAAACGCAUUAUGAAAUCUCAAUAACACCUGUUGGAAAACUUCAGCAACAAUCUAAUGAACAAUAAAGAAAAACAAAUACAUUCCACAUGCGAUGAGUAGCGAGCGAUCUGUUGAACUUCGGAAGAACCCGGAGAAGAACACUUUCACAUUUAAUCUACAAAAUUUAUCCAGAAAAUGGCGUUGAGUAGAGCAUUCUAUUGGGAGCGGGAAAUUUCAACGCUCGCUGAAACAUUAGCAUCAGCACACACACACAACAUU